AUGAGACGCCCGCCUGAGCAAAUUAGGCCAUAUCUCAGACGAGCUGGGUUUGAGUAUGUGGCGCACAUGGUGGAGUUCGAGCAUGAUUUGCCAUUGGCGUCAGCAUUGAUUGAGAGAUGGAGACCUGAGUCCCAUACGUUUCAUCUGCCAUGCGGGGAGAUGACUAUCAUCUUGCAGGAUGUGGCGUACCAAUUGGGACUUAAUAUCGAUGGUGGUCCUAUUAGUGGCUGCAUCGGUGGGUGGGAGCAGCACCAUGAUGGACAGCCCAUUGAGGACUUCUGCCAACAGCUACUGGGUAUUGUUCUGGGUCCAGAGGAUAGACAAUCACAGACAAAGUGGACUGUCAAACUUAGCUGGUUUCAGAAUACCGUUUGCGGAGAUGUGGAGGAGGACCCGACCGAGGAGCGCCUGUUGUGCUACACCAGAGGGUAUAUCAUGCAGGUUAUCAUGGGGAUCGGCUAUGUUAGCAUGGCUAUACUGCCAGAUGUUCGUGCCACGGAGCAUAGUCAGCGCAAUUUGGGUGGUUGUGUCAGUUUGCCACUCUUCUGGGCCUAUCACUGUAUGCUACUACUACGGCCGGAUGGAUUUGAGACUCGUCAAUUUUCGCUAGUUGAGAGGUGGGUUGAGUACCAUCCGGAUAAUGCCAGAGGCGAGAACAAGCUUAGACAUUAUAGACGUAAGUUGAAUGGGAUCGGCAUCCUCUACGUUGACUGGAUGCCAUACACUAACCUACAGCUGCAGGGUGUAGUUUGA